AUGAUGGUCAAGCGCAUGCGCAAAGGACGACCAACAGACUUACUAGUCUCAUGGAGACGUCGUCAAAUCACUCAAUGGAUGGCAAAGAACAUACCUGAUUUUUACAGGUACUUAGCCGGCUGGGGAGCCAGACUUCUCUCGUCUCAGUUCUCGGAUGUGAAACUUGACCCAGAAUGGCGGAUUCAGUCAUUCCGCAACCCGACGUUGCGAUUACCGGGUCUUAUUCAAGAUAUUGUUCCUCACUUGCAGGAUGGCAGCUUGACGAGUUUGCAUGGGAUUAAACGCUUCUUGGGUGGACGAUCAAUCGAGUUUGAUGACGGGACUGUAGUGGAUGGCGUUGACUGCGUUAUCUUGACUACAGGAUACUGCGCCGACUUUUCUGUCGCUCCUUUCAUUGAGAAGAGUAUGCCAAAGUCGCCCUCUUAUCAUGGUCCUACCAUUCAACGGCUAUACAUGAACGUGUUUCCACCAAAGUACGCAGACAGCUGCGCCGUGCUUUGCUACUCAGCAUAUGGCAAAAACAACGGUUUCUCAUUCAGCGACGUCAUGAAUAUGGCUAUUUCGAACAUUUGGCGCGGCGUGAGCAAAUUACCGUCAUACGAAGAAAUGGAGAAAUGGGUUGAUGACCAUCAAAACUGGAUCGCUGCAAACUGGGCGCGCGAGCCGCAUCUCGACGUGAGCAUGGUCAAACAAUAUGAGUUCCAACCCUGGAUGCACGAGCAAGCCGGAACGGGUAUGGAGAACCUUGGCUGGGGAUGGGCAGGAUGGAAAUUCUGGUGGAAGGAUAGAGAAAUGUACAACCUCAUGAAUCACGGUGUAGAGACAGCACACAUGUUUCGGUACUUUGAGACGGGCAAGAGAAAAACGUGGGAGGGCGCGAGGGAUGAGAUUAUUCGUCAGAAUAGGAUUGUUGAGGAGAGCUUUUCUGGGAAGAGUAAGAAGCUGAGGCAGGAAUAG